AGUGUUUUUGAAACCCUAGCGAAGAGCGGAAGAGAUCGACAGCGGCGAAGGAGCCAGAGGUGCUUGGAGAUCUCGACGAUGGUGAAGUUCCUCAAGCCCAACAAAGCCAUCAUUGUUCUACAGGGCCGAUUCGCUGGCCGCAAGGCCGUGAUCGUGCGAUCCUUCGACGAAGGCACCCGUGAUCGCCCUUAUGGUCACUGCCUCGUCGCCGGCAUUUCCAAGUAUCCUAAGAAGGUCAUUCGCAAGGAUUCAGCCAAGAAAACUGCCAAGAAAUCUCGUGUCAAGGCUUUCCUCAAGCUCGUGAACUACAACCAUAUCAUGCCCACUCGCUACACCCUUGAUGUUGAUCUGAAGGACAUUGUUACUAUUGAUUCGCUGCAAUCGAAGGACAAGAAGGUGACGGCGUGCAAGGAGACCAAGGCCCGCUUGGAGGAGCGGUUCAAGACUGGCAAGAAUCGGUGGUUCUUCACCAAGCUCAGGUUCUAAAUGAUAGUGGUUCAUUCUUGUUACCUUUUGAUGCUGGAUUUUUGGUUUACUUGUCUGUUUAUUUGAAUUAAUAUCCUGAUUCUGUAGACUUAAUGUAGUUUCAAUAGUUUGCUUGAUUGGGAUUUAGUAUUUAUUUUUCUUGAUGGAUUGAUCUUAAUGGGUUCGAAGAA